CGUGUCAGCUGAUUAGACCACAUCAGGUGCCGCUCUUGUGUUUGUUCUGGACUUGUGUCUAAACGCCGUUUAUCGGCCCUUUUACCCGACAGGUGGCGAUGACCCGGAUCUAUCAGUAACAGGUGGAUCACACGAGCCGUCGGCUGGAUAUUACGCCACUUACCUGGGUUCAAUAGGUAAGAGUGUGUCCGGACUAAAGAGAUGGCUCUGCUAAUGGAGCACCAGUUCAGACAGCUGCCAGCUGACAGACAGGUGGAAACAAGACCGUUUCUGGAGGCUGUGUCAUACCUUCCACCGUUCUUUGACUGCCUUGGUUCUACUAUUUUUGCACCAAUAAAGGCUGACAUAUCUGGUAACAUCACAAAGAUCAAGGCGGUUUAUGAUACCAACCCAGGACGGUUCAAGACACUGCAGCAGAUUGUGGAGGCAGAGAAGGAAAUGCAUGGAGCAGACUGGCCCAAAGCUGGAGCGACGCUGGCACUAAUGUGGCUAAAAAGGGGUCUACGAUUUAUUCAGGUGUUCCUACAGAGCCUGGUGGACGGUGAAAAGGAUGAUAGCAAUCCAAACCUCAUUCGAGUCAAUGUCACCAAAGCCUAUGAAAUAGCCCUGAAAAAGUAUCAUGGCUGGUUCGUGCAACAGCUGUUCAAGGCAGCUCUUUUCGCUGCUCCAUAUAAGACAGAUUUCCUGAGGGCCCUCUCCAAGGGUCGGGACGUCAAGGAAGAGGAAUGCUUGGAAAAAAUCAGGAAAUUUCUCAUCAACUUCACCGCCACUGUGGAUGCUAUUUAUGAGAUGUACAAUAAGCUGAAUGCUGAUCUUGAUUACACAGUGUGACUGCAGGACGUGUCUCUUUCCUCCAGUGAGCCACUUAGUUUACAAAGUAAUUUACAUUCUGCUGUCUGCAUCUUGACAUGGCUGCCUUCAGGUCAUCUGACAGCUCUCUGUGGGAGUGUAUUUAUAAUACUCUGUCGUUACACAUCAAAUAUUUGUUUAUUUAUUCAUCUGUGUGCCUGUUCUGGCUGUUCCUCACUGUUCUUUGACUCUGAGGCAUGUUUCCCAAAGCAGCUGCAGGUUUCAACUCAGUAUUGUUUUGUUCUCUAGUUGAAGAGUAUUGUUUAUUUACAGGGAAAGCCACAAUAUGCCAGAUAUUUCUGUGCAUGAUCAUAAGAGAAUUAUACCAAGAAUGACAGUGCGACUUAGCAAAUGUUUCUGGAACCAGGGCUGUAACAAAAGCUUUAAAUAAGCGAGUGGGGUGACAGAUUUAAUGAGCUAUUGAGACUGAUAAUAACACAAAAUUGUAAUCUUUACUCCAGUCAUUUGUACCUUAUAGUUAUUUUUAAAGUUUUGUUUUUUAAAAUGUAAAAUUGUAUUUUUCUUUAUCCUGAGAUAAGGUAAGGGCUGCAAUUACUUGUUAGAAAAAAGGAAAUGACAAAACAAUAGUUUAAAAUGUGAUACAGCUAUAGCUUAUACUUAUACUGAAGUACAAUUUUCAAAAUCCAGCACGUCAUUUUCAUGAUUUACAAGCACAACUGGAAAAUAAGGAAUAUGUUUUCAUCUUACUCAACAAAUACUGUGUUCAUGUAGUUGACCAUGUUUUGUGGGGAUUGGAUUGUAGUUUUUAGCUUUUAACUAUUCUAAUUCUAAGUUAUCAAAUCAAGUUAUUUAUGACAGUACAUACAUUAAGUACAGUACUUAAAUACAGUU